AUGGCAGGGUCGGGGGAAGAAUUGUACAGCUUCACCUACUCGGAUGGCUUGCGCAAAGGCUCUCACAUUGUGGAGCAGCUCCACGUGGACAAGAUAGCAGGGCGCUUUACUUGGACACGUGGCCUUCAGAGCGAGGGCAAGGAGGUUGCUUCGAAGCGACAAGGUAGCUCCUAUGUGAUAUCGCAUGUGUCCAGCGUCCGGUUUGCAACUCGCCUGGGUGAUCCCAACUCGGAGUUUCUGAGCGCCACGCAGCGACAGCUUGUCAAGCAUCGUGCGAUACGGACUUGGCUUAGCAGCAAUGCACCGUCCAUACUGGGCCUGCUUGCCGUCCUCUUCAACGCCUUGACAGUGACUUUGGUACUGGCAGCAUGCCUAUGCCACGCCACAUGGCAAGUCUUUCCUCAGGCGGGCGAUAGUUUCGACAUGUCCCAAGGCCCAGAUUCGGAAGCGCUCGCAGCUGCUGCAACUCUUUCGGUCUUGACGGUGCUUGCCGCCACCGUGGCAGGCUGGUGGCUGGGCAUCUUCAGAUGCAGAUGCUGCGGUUUCAAGGCCUUUGACCGUGAAACGGUGGGCACCGCGACAAGGUUGACUUCAAAGAUAGCUGCGAGGUGCAAGAUCCAGAGGCCGCUGACUGGGGCAGUUCUCGCGGUCUGUAUACUCUGGUGCCUUUUCGUGCUGCUGUUGUGCCCGAUAGCUUAUGGCCUGAGUCGCCGAACCGAGUGCGACGAGGGUAGCUGCAGCCCCGAACCGGGCUCUCCUUUGCUCCCCACCUGUGGUGUCGGCCGCUGCCGAUGCGGGGGCCUGGCGGAUCUGACAUGCAUUACAGCCAGUGCAGGACAAGACCUGUCCCUCUGCAGAAAUGUGAAGCAGCCCAUGUGCACAGCCGCGGGCAGUGAUCAAACUGCAAGCGGCGUGCACCUGCCGCUGUUGGCAUCUGCCGUGGGGUCAACAGGUGUCGCCAUACUGCUGGGCCUCGUCUGGCUGCUGAAUGCUUGGGGCAUGUAUGCCGGCUGGGUGAGAGCAAUAGAUCCAUCGGAGGUGGUCAUGGUGCCCCAGGUGCAAUACCACAGGUUCUCUGUGAACUUCCGGUCUCGCAGCGAUGGGAAGCUGAUCUUCACCCUCAGCGCAGAGGACGACCCGCACGGGGUAGCUGCUGCGCUGAUGCCGCCGGGCCCGCCUCGAGGGCGAGCCGGACUUGCGGUGAUGUAUCAAGCGCCCGAUGCAAUGCUGGGCAGCUACGUGCCGGGGAUGCCAGGCAUGACAGGCUCCGAUUGGGGCGGAGCCAGCUAUGGUGGCUACACCAGCUAUGCGCAGCCAGUUGCUGGUGACGAGCGAGAGCCUCGUUGGUGCUGA